UCUCCUUAUGUCUGGACUUUCAAAAUCUCCAUUGCUAGAGAGAAAGACACCAAAAAUUGACAUGUCUUUGUCUUAUAGCUAACAAAACCCAAGUGUCAUUUCUCCUGUUUCAUUACCAAAAUUACCCUCAAAACACCCUUAAAAUCAGCUUCUGUUUUUUAGUUUUUUGAACUGAGCUAAAAAUAAAAUGUCUUCUGAUCUUUAUUUUUAUGAAAGCUCAUUGUACCACCAUUCAAGCCCAGAAAUGGUCUCUUCUGAAAAUGACUUUUUAUUAUUUUCUGACCCUUUUUCACCCUUUUAUGACUCUUCUUCAACUGAAAUCUUUCAAGAUUUUUCAAACCCAAUUCAUAAUUCUUUAGACAAUUUCACCCCUACCAACACCAUUCUAUCAUCCUCUCCUCCAAGUCACCAGCUUGAGAAUUUAUCUCUUCAUCAAACAACAGCCCAAUUGCAGCAGCCACUUGAAAAUGCUUCAAAUUUGGAUGUUUUAGGAGUCAAAAAUGAAGAAUUUCAAAUGGGGGUUGACUCUAAUUAUAAUGACAAAUGGGUGUCAAAGAUUAUUCAGAGAAGUUACAGCAGUAAUUCAUUUGAAGGCAAAUCUGAUUUUCUUUUUCAACCUUAUUUUGACACUCUGUUAGAGUCUUCAUCAUCAAAUUUUCAUCAAAACCAGACGUUCAGCCCACCAGAAAGUUCAUUUCUUGCUAAUCAUAUGAGAAGAGUUUGCAGCACUGGAGAUUUACAAAAUGUAAGAACAGCACAUUUAGCGACACAAAGAUCAUUUUCAAGUCCUUUAGCGACAGAGAGUUCGUUUACAGAGGAAGCAAAUUUUAGAGUGGGCAAAUACAGUGCUGAAGAGAGAAAAGAUAGGAUUUCUAAGUAUAAAGCUAAGCGUAAUCAGAGAAACUUCACCAAGACAAUUAAGUAUGCAUGUAGGAAAACACUAGCGGACAACAGGCCUCGUAUACGUGGAAGAUUCGCGCGUAAUGAUGAAACUGGUGAGAUUCCCAAAGCUGCAUGCCCUAACAGACAUGAAGACGAAGAUGAGCUAUGGUUUGAUGGAGUUAAUGGAGAAGAAGAAGAUGGUGGAAAUGGAAAUAGAGGAGGAGAAGAAUUAGCAGCAGGAGAUUUUGUUACUACUUAUGGUCAAGCUCAGUUUCAUUAUUACAGUUAUUGAAAGUUGGUGGAAGAUUACUUAGUAUUUAUUUUAGAAUUAAAUUAAAUAAAAAAUUAUUCAUAGAACAAAAAGAUUUAUUCGUGCUACAAUUGUAAUAAGCAGGAAUAGCCGAAUAAAAAAAUGAAAAAAAGUAAGGAUAAAGUAGAGGUCGACUGAUAAAAUGACUGAAGAGAGAGAAUUAAUUAAAAAGACGAAGAUUGUAACGGAAUGAUAAGAGCUUCUUUAAUUUUACUUAAUUAGAGGUUUUGAUUUCGAAUCC